CCAGGAAGUAGACGCCGAACAACAACAAUUACUUCUUAGGAAAGUUUUACAUAGCAAUUCUAAACGAGCACAAAGUCUGUUAUCUGUACACUUCUUCGUGGGACCGACGCACGUUUAAAUUCGUUAAAUUUUUACUUCAUUUGUUUAGUUAUCUAAAUGUUUUAAGCCGUUCAUGCAGCAUGGAUCAUGUGUUUGUUUACAGGGGGAAUCAGCUGACAAGCUAACGUUAGCAAGCGUCCUAAUUUUACAAUCGAAUCAGAUGAGACGAUAAUUCACACACCAGAUCUGCCCUCAUGAAUGCAGCGUAACUUUAGUAAAGGAGCGAACUAAUAUGUCCAGUAGAGAAGGAGUGUAUAUGUAUAUUGGGUCUCGCUGAGCUGUUGAAGGUGUAACCAACGCUAAGGACGUUAGUGUUAGCAGCGUUGGUUCAGGGGGUAUAAUUGUUUAGUCGCCGGAUCAUUGCCCGGGUUUAAAAGGCCCUACGGCGGCUUCAUGAGAAAAUGCCUUGUUCGUGUGGGAACUGGAGAAGAUGGAUUCGGCCCUUGGUCAUUGUGCUGUAUGUUUUAUUGCUGUUAGUGGUCCUGCCGUUGUGCAUCUGGGAGCUGCAGAAGUCAGGGGUUGGCACUCAUAACAAAGCAUGGUUCAUCGCUGGUAUAUUUGUCUUCAUGACCAUACCCAUAUCAUUAUGGGGCAUCCUCCAGCAUCUGGUUCACUACACUCAGCCAGAGCUUCAAAAACCUAUCAUCAGGAUAUUAUGGAUGGUCCCAAUCUACAGCUUGGACAGUUGGAUUGCGCUGAAAUACCCCAGUAUUGCAAUUUACGUGGACACAUGCCGAGAGUGCUACGAGGCGUACGUCAUAUACAACUUCAUGACCUUCUUGCUUAACUACCUGGAAAAUCAGUACCCCAGCCUGGUGAUGAUGCUGGAGGUCCAAGAGCAGCAGAAACAUCUGCCCCCUCUGUGCUGCUGCCCUCCGUGGCCUAUGGGAGAGGUUUUACUACUGAGAUGUAAACUGGGAGUGUUGCAGUACACAGUCGUAAGACCUGUCACAACAGUGAUUGCUUUAAUCUGUCAACUAUGUGGAGUGUAUGAUGAAGGCAAUUUCAGUUCAGGAAAUGCGUGGACAUACCUGGUCAUCUUCAAUAAUAUGUCACAGCUGUUUGCCAUGUACUGCCUGGUGCUGUUCUACAGAGCGCUGAGAGAGGAACUGGGUCCAAUCAAACCAGUGGGCAAAUUCCUGUGUGUCAAAAUGGUGGUGUUCGUCUCUUUUUGGCAAGCCGUGUUCAUCGCUCUGCUGGUGAAAGUGGGCAUCAUCUCGGACAAACACACUUGGGACUGGAAAAGUGUGGAGGCCGUAGCUACUGGCUUACAGGAUUUCGUCAUAUGCGUGGAGAUGUUCCUCGCAGCCAUCGCCCACCAUUUCAGCUUCACCUACAAACCUUACAUCCGGGAGGCGGAGGAGGGUUCCUGUUUUGACUCUUUCAUGGCAAUGUGGGACAUCUCUGACGUCAGGGCAGACAUUUCCGAACAAGUCCGCAACGUUGGGAGAACAGUCAUGGGUCGUCCGAGGAAGUCCUACAUGGGCGAGGCGCAAAGUGACGGCGAGCGAUCUGGUCUGCUCUCUUCGGCGUCUCAAGAUGCCAUCGCAGAAGCAGCAGCCAACCCGGCGUCCCCGAACGGCCAAUAUCAAGGCCUCGGCAGAACCCCCGCACCGCACUCUCUGUCUGCGCCCGCUGGGCUCGGCUCAGCACUUUGGGACGAAGUGUCUGAGGCUAGAGCUGACGACAGCCAGGACGAAGAAAGGACCAACCAAACCAAAGAACCAGCAGAGGCAGAUCUCAUUGUGAUCACCUAGCUUAGGCUGGUGUGUGUUCAAAAAAAGAAAAAAGAAAAAAAGACUGUUCCAGACCUCGCUGUGUUCCUUCAGAGUACUGAUGCAAACAUAACAAACUUGUUUAAAAGGCCGCGUCAAGUAAUAGACGUUUGCCAGCAAAUCCAUAACCAAAUGGACCUCUCUGCCAGUGGCAGCUCCAAGAAUGUUCAAUGAAGGUAUGACACUAAAAGACUUGCCGACGGGCGUUUUAUUCCGUUUUAUGUUGUACUGGAGAGGCAACUGACUCAGUAGGCUUUUACAGAACCUGUUGUAAUUGGAAAACAUGAGGUCAGUUUUAACUUGCGUCCUCAAAACUAUUUUGUUUCUUCAACGUCUCUGCCUUGCGUGUUUGAGGUGAGCGGUGCCGGUGAUGUCGUGAUCUCAAAUGUGUCAGAGGAAAACGAGAAAUAUGCAACUUUAAAAACAGGUACUCUUCUUGUAUCUUGGUUUCUACUGAUUUUGGACAUCAACGUACAAUUCGUAGAGUAAUUAUAAAUGAAAACGUACAAUACUAAAAGCACAUAAGUGUCCAGGAUCUUUUUUUUUCAGAGGGUAAAGGAAAAAAAAACAAGGGCAGUAAAUUGUAAAGGUGCAAACUAUUUAAUCAAUUGGGGGAAGGGUUAAAAAGAGGUGAAAGAGAUGUUCUGUCUGACAGAUUAACGUCACUACAGUAUCAAUAUAAAUACAGUGUACUCUUAUCAGACACAUCAUCUUAGACCUCUGUACACAAUAGGAAACAGGGGAAGAGUCAGUCCUUAAAGUAUGACGCAAUAUGUUGGGAAUGGGUGGGAGUAAAGAUCUAAAGGUCAAAUCGUGGCCUGGUUUGCAUAGGCUGGUAUAGACCUAAAGUGAACCGGGGGCAGGCUGACUGAAGUGUGUGUGUUUGUGUGUGUGUGGGGUAAUCCUGGUCUGUGGCUUCUGAUCCAACAGGAGAACCACAAGUUGCUGUAAACAUUAUGGAAAACAUUAGGAACGCUUACCACACCACAGCUCGCUGUGUAUGAAAGUGCCUAAACGUGCGUCAGAACAGAGCAAUUAAAUGACGCGUGGGUGUCAGUGUCACAGUGGACCUCUUAGUGGCGCGGUCAUUCUCUGAGGGCAGUGGCCACGUUCAGCAGGAAGAUGCACACUGCCACACCGGUGCUCAGUCCAAUAAAACAUCAGAGGGGCUUGGGAAAAAAAAAAAGUCUAAUCAAUGGGGACUUUACCCCAAAACUUAAGAGGGCGACGGUAAUGUUUUAUUGACCAAUACCACGGGACACCUUCAGAGGUCUUGUAAAGUUCAUGCGUUGACAAAGUGACAGAGCGGGGGACCUAUAAAAAUGUUGAUUUUACUGUCGUGGCUGAUCAGUGUUUAUUUUAAGGGGUUUGGGUAGAUGCUUUAAGUACAGUUCAAGUAUUAAAAUACACACACAUUUCAAUUUGAAACAGCACAAUCAGCAAGUAAGGUCCUAUUCUGUACUGGACUUACAGCAAAUAGCAUAUAGCUCUAUGAUGUGUAAUAGAAAUGUAUUCACUAGUCCUCUCAGAUGCCUUGUUCUAUAUGUGCCGUGGAACUAGUCCAUCCACUACAUCACCUUAGUAUCAGCUUCAUUUGAUGAGAUCCAUCCCGUUUAGCCUUUAAGCUGAAGUAACUUUGCAGCUAUUUCACAGAAGCCAUUUAUCUGUGCAGGGAUAUUGACGUGAUCAAUGUCCAGUUUGGGACAGAUCAGCCCGUGUCAGAACGAGGAAUGACAAAUGUACGAAAUCACCAAGGAUAAUCUGCAUCAUGUCCGUUUUAAGCAUGUUGCACUGCCUUACAUUUGUUUUUUGUUUUGUUUUUAUAAAUCAACUUCAUUCCAUCCGUGACAGCCUUGUCAAUAAAUCAGAUUAACAACAGCUUA